AUGACCUUUGUAAAACACCACAAUUCAAUACCAAGUAAACUCACCUUCACGAGACGCUCCGUUUUUAAGGUACCAAAGUCCAAGGAAGAGAAUCGAAUAUUGAAACAAGGUUACACAGACGACAACAACGAACAUUUAGCCUAUUUCAACUUCCGAAUAAUAUGGCCAACACUCGCGCUAACGAUCUCCAUCUACGCAUUUUUUAUCAUUGGCGUUGUUGGUUCACUGAUCACGGAUGAUCUUCCAAAUCCCCUCGAGCUUCGACGAGCCUUCUGGACGCGUUAUGGAUCUCUUCGCUUUCGAUGUAACUCGACAGUGCCUUUCCCGAAAGACGGUCUUCCAUCGGUGCUGAAUUUGUUCGAGUUGGACGUCGCAGGCAAUGUUAUGUUCAGAAUUUGUGCGUGUUUGCCAGUUGCAGUCAGGCUUUUCGUUGUGCAUUGCAGAAGUGCGCAAUUGUUUAGGGAGCUGAUUCGAGCCGAUUUUGUCUCAUCAUCAGUCGUACAUAAUCUAAUGAAUGAGGCAGCAUUCGCUUUGUCGGUGGUGGAAUUUUUUACGAUGGCGGUAUUUAGCGUUGUUACUAUUCGAAAGGACUCUAUUGUACUGAAUCGGUACUGCAAAGUCACAGCUAUAGCAGCCUCCGCGAACAUGCUGAUUACCUCCGCUGUCAUGGUCGCUCACAAGAGAUCCAGCGCGAAGAGACUCGAUUCGAUUUCGAUGGUGAUGAAGGCCCUCUCCACGAUGGCUUUCUGUUAUGUUUCGCCGCAGUAUUUUCAACGUCAUCAUGCCAAUAUCUCGUUUCAAAUGUGUCAUUCAUACUGUGAGUUACUUGAAAACGAAAAAAACGUAUCUGAAUGCGGGCAGGUCUCACACCAUACCUCGCCUUUUGCUUUUGCAAUGUGA